AUGGCUUCAAAAUCAGUCCCGAUAGUGACUCUUAUUUUGAGGUUCCUGGCCCUUGCACUGUGUGCUGCCUCUAUUGUUGUUCUGGGUACUAACAAAUUUACUCAAAGUGAUGGUACCAAAAUCACAUUCAGGGAUUUAAUUGCCUAUAGGUAUGUUAUAGCGACUGGUAUUAUUGGGUUUGCUUAUUCGCUUGUGCAGAUACCCUUUGCCAUGUACCAUGUGUGCAGGGAAAAGAGGCUGAUAAAACAUGAAUGUCAACCAGAGUUUGAUUUUUAUGGUGAUAAUAUAAUUGCCUUCCUCUUGGCGGCCGGAGUUGGCGCUGGUUUUGCGAUUAGCUUUGAGUUCAAGAGACUAUUGAAAGAAUUUAUCGACAGCCUCAAAGAUUUGGGGAUUCCAGGUAUUGACGAAGGGAAAUCCAAGGGUGAAAAGUUCCUCGACAAAGCCAAUCUUUCUACUGCUCUUCUCCUCUUGGGAUUUCUUUGCAUGACAAUGCUCUCUGUAUACUCAUCCAUCCAAAGAAGUAAUAGUAGUAGUAGUACACCCACUACAAAUAAGCGUGGCUUCUUCUUUAAAUGA